AUGACCGGUAACGCUCCCUUGGAUUUCGAACGCCGUCUACGAGAGUUAGAAGAGAGAACGUUAAAAACCGAGAAGGGACAACAGCAAGCUGAGCAGCAAGUGAGACCUACCAACUUCGACGAGUUUGUUCUUCAAUGCCAUAAUUUGUAUCGAGAGCCGAAAGUGGCAGAUCUUUCUCUGUCAACUACAGGGACGAUUCCUCUUCCGAAACGCAAAUAUUGUCCUACGCAACUAGUUCCAUGGCAUGACGGUCCAUCUUUAUUACAAGCAGUUUACGACUCUGUUCGCCGCCACUUACGAUCGGGAGACGAUGCAGCUCAACGAGUAUUCCCGCCCUUAAUCGCCCUGAAAGAAAUUCAACGACGCGCGAUGUCCCAGCCAAUAAGCAGUGAGCAAGGGUUGCUGUUCUAUGACCGAUUUACUAGAGAACAUCAUAUACGUGACAUCAUUGCUCAGUUGCGCGAAAUUCCUGCCGCGCGGGAAGAAUUUAACUUAGGCGAUGGAAUAGAGUUCGAAAGCCAUAUAAACGCACUAGAACAGCCCGACACGAUCGAGGAGCUUCCCAAACCACCCACAACCAUCAACAAGCCUAUAGCCGACGUUUUCUGUAUUACAAGGGUAGAUGGUAAAGCCCGCGAUGUCACUCUAACCUGUGAGCAAAAGCCGCCACACAAGCUUCCUCUUGAGACCAUCCGCGCCGGCCUUAGGCCCAUGGAUCUAUGGGAAGAAAUGGUUAAUUCUAACAAGAUUCCUGCGGAUCCGACCGAGAAACUAAAAUACAAUGCUACACGGCUAGUAUGCUCAGCCCUCGUCCAAACAUACCAUGUUAUGAUGCAAAAUGGAUUGCCAUUCUCGUAUCUUACCAUCGGACCAGACGCGGAUUUGUUACUAUGGGUCCCGGAAGAGCAUCCUCACAUACUUCAUUAUUAUCUAGUUGAACUAAGCGGUAAGAACAUAAAUCCUGAUGACAUGAUCGAACAGCCGACAACCUCAGUCACUAGCGUAUUAUGUCUCUUGAUCAUGAGCCUUGAAUCACGUCCAAGAAGCCAACAGUGGCGAAACGAAGCACGACGGCAGCUCAAAGUUUGGGUUACGAGUUUCGAUUCUAUUCGCUCAGCGAGUAAAACGCCAGGUGCAUCACAAAACACUGAACCGUACAGCUCCGAGACGGAACACCCAAGCCCAGAACCGAGUUCAGAAUACCUACCAUCAUCAUCGCUAUUGAACGCCUCAGCAGCAAAUAAAGGCGUGGCUGCAAGGUCGGGGGGUUGCUGUGCACCCUCUGACAAAGAAGCCCAGGAACGCGAUACGUCGCCGGACUCGUCGGCUUCUGAUGCUGGCCAGGGUAGACUCGCCAGGAAGCGUGGCUUUAGUAACGUGAGCGCACCUUCCGAAUCAACCCGUCAACGAGAUCCUCCCGUCCCCGGAGGAUACCAGCCGCCUCGCCACGAUGCAAAGUUUUGCUCGCAGCUGUGUAUUUCUGGUCUGCAAAACAACGCGCAGUUAGAUAACGACUGCCCGAACGUGAAUGUCCAUAGACGCCAGUCGAAACAGUCUCGUCACCCUAUCUCAGCUCAUGAGCUGCUCCUAAAGCUAAAGGAGCAGUUGGAUGAGAAUAUAGAUGCAAACUGCACGCCUUUCGCAGACCGUGGUUCAUAUGCCGUGCCAUUUAAGCUUACCCUAGCUGCUUACGGUUAUACUAUUGUUGGGAAAGGAACAACAUCAACGCGCUGGGGCGAAGUAUCCAAAGAAAUCCAGGCAUAUAAAAUCCUACAAAAGCUCCAGGGAGGUGCUGUCCCUGUUUUCCUCGGCAGCAUUGACUUGGCAAAAUGGUAUUUUGUUAUUGGCGCAGGAGAGGUCCGUCAUAUGCUCAUCAUGGCAUGUGGCGGGGAAGAAAUCUCACAGAUCCAAUAUGAUCAGCUAAAUGAUGAGAUCCGAAGAUCUGAGAGAGAGAUCAAGAGCUGCGGUGUUAUUCACGGAGAUCUUAGGCGUGCAAAUAUGCUAUGGAAUGAGGAAACUAGACGUGUCGUAAUCAUCGAUUUUCAUCGUGCCAAGCUGGCAGCACGGGCACCGAAAAGAAAAAGGCAUCGUCCGCCAGAAAUAUCCCAUGCAAUGCGGAUUCGAGCUAAGUAA